AUACACUGAAUAAGAUGUGACAAAAUGGCACAAAGGCCCAGAGAGGAGAGAUGGCAAACUCGUGCCUGAAGUGGAGCAGUUUCACUCGCUGCUGGACCGUGAUAGAUUACAUGUGGACACUGCGCCCCUAAAGACGUCUACUGAGAUAGCUGAGCAGUGAUUACAUGCAGCUGAUAACAGCGGAGAUAAAACUGAAUCGUGGAAUACGUAAUCCAGGAGGAGACAGAGGAAAGUGGAACGAAGAAUGGAUGGGCCAAACGGAAAACAAGUAGCAAAGUGGUGGACUUCAACCUAACCAUGCCGACAGUCACAAAUCUAGAUGUUUUAAACACCCUAAUUAAAAAGGCAGAUGUCAAACUGCAUAAUAAAGCCCUACCCAAACAUAUGCUGGCUACAAUAAAUCCACAUUAAAUAUAAAGACACAAGCAGGUUAAAAGUAAAAGGAAUGCAAAGACAUUCAAUUCUUACACUAAGGAAAAUAAAGCUGGAGUUGCUAUAAUACCAAAUGUGCUGAUUUUAGAGCCAAGAAAAGUACCAGGUAAAGAUAUUUCUUGAAGAGAUUAAUUCAUCAAGAACACACCAUAAAUUUUAUGCACCUAAUAGCAGAGCUAUAAAACAUAAAGCAAACAGCUGAUAGAAUUGCAAAGAGAAAUGGAGAAAUCCACAAUUUUAGUUGGAAUUCCCAAGACCCCUUUCUCAGUAAUCGGUAGAACAAUCAGGAAGUUAGUGUUGGCACUGUCUACCAGCCCGACCUGGUUAACAUUUGUAGAACGCCCAAGAGCAUGUUUAUUCCACUGCAUGUGAAAUAUUUACCAAGACAGACCGUUUUCCUGCUCCAUAGAUAUUCUGACAAAAGAGUUAAAUUAGAAACCAAUAAAAAUAUCUAGGAAAUCACCAGGUAUUGGGAAAGUAAAAAAAACUUCUGUAUAAUUCGUGAGUUAAAAGAGAAUCAAAAGGGCAAUUAGCUUUUGAACCGGAUGAGAAUGAAAAUGCAGCAUGUCACAAUUUGUGGGAUGUCAGCAAAGCGAUCAGAAAGGGAAGAGGCGCCAUCGCUACAGAUUCUGUUGAUCUUAAAAGGAUAAUAAAUGAAUAGUCUGACAACUUUAUGCUAAUAAAUUUGACAAUUUGUAUGAAACGAAUAAAUUCCUUGAAAGACAAAGACCACUAAAGCUCACUCAAGAAGAAAUUCAAAGUCUGGUUAGUUCUCUCUUAAGUAAAUUCAAUUCUUAAUUAGAAACCUUCCCGCAAAGAAAACUACACACCCAGAUGGCUUCACUGGUGUGUUCUACCAAACAUCUGAGGAAGAAAUAAUAGCAAUUUUACACCAACUCAGUAAAGUGAUCCAGAUCAGAAGGGAAAUAGUAAAAUUGUCAGUGUUCACUGUUGACAUAAUCAUCUAUGUAUAAAUUCUAAUAAAAUCUGCCCCCCCCAAAUGGGGGGUGGCAAUUAGAACAAAGAAGUGAGUUUAGAAGGGUUAUGGGUACAAGACCAAUAUGCAAACUGGACUGGCAACAAACAAUUGGAAAUUGUUUUCUAUAUUGUUAGCAUCAACAUGUGAAAUACUUAUGGAUAAAUUUGCCUAAAUAUGUACAAGACAAGCACACUAAAAACUGCAAAACACUGCUGAAAGGGUCUAAGUGGGGGGAGGUGACAUGUUUGUAGAUGGAAAAUUCGAUAUCGUUGUAAAGUUAGUUCUCAUACUGAUGCACAACGUGACACAGCUUCUGUCAAAACCCCAGCAGGGCAUCUGGGAGAAACUGGGAAGCUGAUUCUGAAGUUCACGUGGAAAUGCAAAGGACCUAGACUAAAACAACUUCAAAAAUGAAGAGCAAAGCUGGAGGAUGAACACUAGCUGAUUCAGACCCAGGAUGUUUGGGGUCACCAAGACGUGGUGUCUGUCCCAGAUCGGAGAAGGCCUUCUGGAAGAGAUGGUGCAGGAGUUGACUUGGAGACAAGAGGACCAGUCUGCCACUCACCGAGCCCUCUGCUUUUGACCAGCCUGAAGGGCGGGAUGAGGACUGAAAAGAGAUGAACAGGGCGCUGCCUUCCUGACUGACGCUGGAGGGGACGCCCUGAUGAGCAGCUGAGACUGUGCCCUGGGCCCUCAGCAGAGACGGCGAUGUCCCAGACACAGGAUUACGAAUGCGAGAGCCAUAAUGCCGGCGUGCAGGAGCCUCGGCUUUCGGGAUCGAGCACCAGGCUGGAGUGGGUGGAGAUCAUCGAGCCGCGUACCCGCGAGCGCAUGUACGCCAACCUGGUCACCGGCGAGUGCGUGUGGGACCCGCCGGCCGGCGUCCGCAUCAAGCGCACGAGCGAGAACCAGUGGUGGGAGCUCUUCGACCCCAACACGUCGCGCUUCUACUACUACAGCGCCACCACCCAGCGCACCGUGUGGCACCGGCCGCAGGGCUGCGACAUCAUCCCCUUAGCCAAGCUGCAGACGCUGAAGCAGAACACCGAGUCCCCGCGCGCCUCGGCGGACAACAGCCCGGGGCGCGGCAGCAGCGUCAGCCGCGACGGCAGCACCAGCUCCUCCCUGGAGCCCGAGCCCGACGCUGGCGAGAAGGCGCAGGAGCAGCUGGGGAGGAGCCGGCACGCGGCCUUCGGCGCUGUGAAGGAGGACAGCGGCAGUUCUUCACCACCAGGAGUGUUCCUCGAGAAGGACUACGAGAUCUACCGGGAUUACAAUGCGGACGGCCAGCUUCUUCACUACAGGACCUCCUCCCUCCGGUGGAACUCCGGUACCAAGGAGCGCAUGCUCAUCAAAGUUGCAGACCGGGAGCCCAGCUUCCUCUCCCCGCAGGGCAAUGGGUACCCCCUGGAGAGCCAGCCUGGGGGCCGCUCCCGCAAACCCUCCGGUGGGCAGCACUCACCCAGCCUGCAGACAUUUGGCCCGGACGCAGACGGCCCAGUUUUUUUCCCCGAGCGGAGGCCAUCCCCCUUCCUGAAGAGGGCUGAGCUGGGCAGCUGCUCCCCGCUGCUGGCCCAGCCCCGCAAGCCUGCCAGCGACUCACAGCCCUCCUCCCCGCGCUACGCCUACGAGCCCCCCCUCUACGAGGAGCCCCCGGUCGAGUACCAGGCCCCCAUCUACGACGAGCCCCCCAUGGACGUGCAGUAUGAGGCUGGCUCGCCCCAGCGGUCUCCCGGUCGGAAGCCGCUACCCUUCCCGCAGUCGCCCAAACAGGCCUCCGCCUCGCCCUUCCAGCAGCUGGUGCUCACGCGACAGAAGUGCCCGGAGCGCUUCCUGAGCCUGGAGUACAGCCCCGCGGGCAAAGAGUACGUGCGGCAGCUGGUGUACGUGGAGCAGGCCGGCUCGAGCCCCAGGCUGCGGGCAGGCCCGCGGCACAAGUACGCGCCCAACCCUGGCGGCGGCUCGCUCUCCCUGCAGCCCAGCCCGUGCCCGCUGCGGGACCAGCGCUUGGGGGUCACGUCCGGGGACUACAGCAGCAUGGAGGGGCCCGAGCUGCGGCACGCCCUCCCGCCCACGCCGCUGCCCCAGGCCCAGGACGACGCCAUGUCCUGGUCCAGCCAGCAAGACACCAUGUCCUCGACGGGCUACUCCCCGGGCACGCGCAAGAGGAAGAGCAGGAACCCCUCUCUGUGUCAUGCCCCCAGUGCUUCGUCCACGGACAGCCCAGGGGACCGCGACCUGCUCGAGCAGGCCCUGGGCGAAGAGCGGCCCCCGAGUGGGCCCAGCUUGGCCCCAAAGCGCCCGGAGUCCAAGGCGGGCGAGGCCGAAGGGGCGCGGGGCGGGGCCGAGCCCUUCCUGGCGCAUGCGCGGCUGGCGUGGGAGGCACAGCAGGUCCACUUCCACAUGAAGCAGCGAGCCAGCUGGGACUCCCAGCAGGACGGCUCCGGCUACGAGAGUGACGGGGCCGUGCCGCUCCCCAUGCCCGGACCCGUGGUGCGUGCCUUCAGCGAGGACGAGGCGCUGGCCCAGCAGGAGAGCAAGCACUGGCAGAGGGGCGCCUUGGAGAGGCUCGCCUUCCCCCAGAUCCUGCUCGAGAAGAGUGUCUCGGUGCAGACCAACCUGGCGUCGCCGGAGCCCUACCUCCACCCCUCACAGUCCGAGGACCUCGGCACCUGUGCCCAGUUUGAGAGCGGCCGGCAGACACGCAGCGUGAUGCCCAGCGCCAGCUGUGUGUUCCCCACGUUUACCCUGCGCAAGCCGUCCUCGGAGACCGACAUCGAGAACUGGGCGUCCAGGCAUUUCAACAAGCACACGCAGGGCCUCUUCCGGCGGAGGGUGUCCAUCGCCAACAUGCUGGCCUGGAGCAGUGAGCCCAUCAAGAAGCCCAUGAUUGUGACCAGUGACCGCCACGUGAAGAAGGAGGCAUGCGAGAUCUUCAAGCUGAUCCAGAUGUACAUGGGCGACCGACGUGCCAAGGCCGACCCUCUGCACGUGGCCUUGGAGAUCGCCACCAAGGGCUGGAGCGUGCAGGGCCUGCGGGAUGAGCUCUACAUCCAGCUGUGUCGGCAGACCACCGAGAACUUCCGCCUGGAGAGCCUGGCCCGCGGCUGGGAGCUCAUGGCCAUCUGCCUGGCCUUCUUCCCGCCCACACCCAAGUUCCACUCAUAUCUGGAGGGCUACAUCUACCGGCACAUGGACCCCGUCAACGACACCAAAGUGACACAGCACAUGAAAGAGCUGCUGGACAGAAACAGUAAGAAGACGUGCAAGUUGAGAAAGAAACCCAAGCCCUAUGUUGAGGACCCGGAUGGGGUGGCCAUAAGCACGUACGCCAAGUACUGUUACCACAAGCUACAGAAGGCGGCCCUGACUGGGGCCAAGAAGGGGCUGCGGAAGCCCAACGUGGAGGAGAUCCGGCACGCCAAGAACGCCGUGUUCAGCCCCUCCAUGUUCGGCAGCGCGCUGCAGGAGGUCAUGAGCAUGCAGAAGGAGCGCUACCCGGAGCGGCAGCUCCCCUGGGUACAGACGCGGCUGUCUGAGGAGGUGCUAGCGCUCAACGGCGACCAGACGGAAGGCAUCUUCAGAGUCCCUGGGGACAUUGAUGAAGUGAACGCCCUGAAGCUACAGGUGGACCAGUGGAAGGUGCCUACAGGCCUGGAGGACCCCCAUGUCCCUGCGUCUCUGCUGAAGCUGUGGUACCGGGAGCUGGAGGAGCCCCUGAUCCCGCACGAGUUCUACGAGCAGUGCAUCGCGCACUACGAGAGCCCGGAGGCCGCCGUGGCCGUGGUGCACGCGCUGCCCCGCAUCAACCGCCUGGUGCUGUGCUACCUCAUCCGCUUUCUCCAGGUGUUCGUGCAGCCCGCCAACGUGGCCAUCACCAAGAUGGAUGUGAGCAACCUGGCCAUGGUGAUGGCGCCCAACUGCCUCCGCUGCAGAUCGGACGACCCGCGUGUCAUCUUCGAAAACACUCGCAAAGAGAUGUCAUUCCUGCGCGUCCUCAUCCAGCACCUGGACACCAGCUUCAUGGAGGGCGUGCUAUAGCACGUGGGCCAAGGGUGGGGACAGAGCCCAAGCUCGGGUGCACCCGGGCAGGAGAGCAAGCGGGGAGGGGGGAGGGAAUGCCCCAACUGCGGAGGUCGCAUGCCAGGCUCCGCUGGUGCCCGCCCUAGCCCUGGAAUCUCCCAUCUCCCCCACCCAGGCCUUCGGGCUGAGGGCACAGCCAAGGCAAAGGAGCUACGGGAACGCCCCCUGCCUCGUGGCCAGUUCCGUGGGCACCGCACCCCUCCACCCCACCCCCACCCCCGCACUCCGGCCGUGGGUCAGCCCCGAGAAAGUGCCUUCUGUUGCCUGGAGCCAAGUGACACUGCCCCUGCCCUGGGGCCCCGAGGGCACACGUUGCCCUCCCCGGGGCGAGCUGCCUCCCAGUUGCUCCUGCACUCAGCCUGGCCCUGGCCCCGGCCCCAGCCCUGCCAAGGCUGCCCCCCUCUCUCUCGGUGUCCGGCCUGCAGCUUCUGGCCCCAAUUUCCUGUCCACCGGUGACCUCCACCAUAGUGACUACACCAGAGUUUGGGGGCUCCAGGGCACUGGGCUGUCUACCACCAGAGCCAGGCUGGGCUGGCCCAGGGCCCAGCAGGCUAUCUCUGGGCGGGGAGGGGCCCCCAAACCAAAGUCCUGUGGGGGGCAGGGUUAGGCAGGCAUUAUUGGGGCAGGGUGGGGGAGGGGCAAGAGUAUUUUUCGUGGUGUAAUUAUAAAUUCAGAAUCUGUCCUGCACCCAGCACAUCUGUGUAUAGACAUAUAAAUAGUGAAAAAUACAAGAACUAAUUUGCUAAUGACAGUUUUAACCCAAAUGCUAUUUAUCUCCAAGCCAUCCUAGCCAGUCCUCUGUGCAGAGCAAGUUGGUAUUAUUCCUUUAUUUUCUCCUCAACUUUUCUUGGCUUCCGACCAAAAACCAGACCCUGCCCUGAGCCCAUUCGGGACCAGCAGCAGAAGCAGGGAAGGAGUUGAGCUUGGGGACCAGCGGGUGCCUAGGACUGCCUUCCCUGGAGGCCAGAGCUGGGGGGGAGGGGUACGUAGACUCUCAGUUUGUAUCUUUUCCACUUUGGAAUUUCGAGUUCCAAUUAUAAAACAAUUUCUCCCCAGUUACAUAUAUAUAAUUUUUUUAGAGUUUUUAUUUAUUAUUUAAAAAAGCCCAGCCCUGUGAGACCCAGGUGAUCUUGGGCCUGCAUCCUCAGCAGGGUGGUCUGUGGGGCCUGGGGUGGCCUGGCCACAAACACUCUGAUGCAGGUGACAACUCUGUGUGAAUAAAGUACAUAUGGAAACUUGAA